AUGUCCGCCAUCCGCUCAUGGUUCCGCGGCCCGUCCGCCGCGCCGAGCCCCAAGCCCUCGUCGAAAACGCAGAGCCCAAGCGAGAGCACCGCGACGCUGAAUGGCAAGCCGGCGGCUGCGAUCUCCCCGGCGGAGUGGGAGGCCGAACUCCUCGAUGACGCGCUGGCCGCUGCGGGGCGCAUCAUGAACGAUGACAUCGACGGGGCUGAAAGGCUGCUGCUUUUGCGCGAGGAUGCCUCGACGUUUCACCAGCUCGGGUUGGGCGUUUCAACGUUUAUGAAGAGUAUCUUAGGGUUCGAGAAGGAAAUCAUGACAGAGGCGGCGAACCGGUUGAACACGACGGAGAAUAGGGCGUGGAAUGAUAUGAAGAAGGCACAGAAAGAGGCGGCUGCAGGGACGGGCAGUGUGAGCAAGAUUUAUCCUCCGGGGUCUGAAUAUGCGCUGGUCAACGCGGAAGCGCAGCUGAUGAAUGCUGUGGUCGGGGUGAUGCACGAGAGCUUGACCGAGGCUGUCAGGGGAUUUUACAAGUUGCGGAAAGCAUACAUCACGCUAGAUGGGAUCACGGAGGCGGAACGGAAAUAUUUGAGUACGGUCGGGGGACAGACGGAGGCGGCUGCCCCCGUCCCGAAAAGACCGAGCUUUGCGGAGGACCCGAUGCCGGGCACGUUUGACGAGGCCGAGUUUGGGGAUUUGGAGUCGAAAACACCCACGCCCAAGGCCAAGGAGGAACCGGCCAGUGUUCCAGAAGCCACAGAUAUUUCCACGGUUGAUCAGGAUGCCACCAUCCUCAACGAAAAGCUGGGCGAACUGGCCAUCUCUGGAAAAACGCAAGCACCACCCGAAUUGGGCGCAAACGGCACACAAACUCCCAACAACGCAGCAUUUGACGAGGUCAAUAAAUCGGGCGCUGAUAAGGCCCUGUUUACGUCUAGCGCCGACAUCUUCGUCCACAGCGGCGCCAAUAUGUGCUUUGGCAUCCUCCUACUCAUUCUCUCCAUGGUCCCACCAGCAUUCUCCCGCUUGCUGUACGUGAUUGGCUUCAAGGGCGACCGCGACAGAGGCCUCAAGAUGCUGUGGCAAUCCGCGAAGUUCCCCAACAUCAACGGCGCCAUGUCGGCGCUCGUCCUGCUCAACUACUACAACACCUUCCUCGGCAUGGCUGACAUCCUCCCUCCCGAGCACGAUAUUGACGACAUCACGGCCCCCGAUGCCGAAGGCGACCGUCCACGCACUAGCGGGAGCAGUCGCAGCGCGAACGAGAUCGAGACCGUUAGCUACCCUCGUGAGAUGUGCUCGGCGCUUCUUGCCGCCAUGCGCGAGCGAUACCCCGAAUCACGCCUGUGGCGCCUCGAAGAAGCACGGGUUCUGGCCAACUCGCGGCAGCUGGAUGAAGCCAUUGCCCUGUUGCGUGACAACGCCGACAGUAAGAUGCUGCAGAUCACGGCGCUCAACAACUUUGAACUGAGCAUGAGUUCCAUGUACACGCUCGACUGGUCGUCGAUGCGGGACAACUUUCUACGCUGCGUCGAGCUGAACAACUGGAGCCACGCGCUUUACUACUACAUUGCGGGCUGCGCCUCGCUCGAGCUGUACCGUGAUGCAUUCCACGCUGCCGCAACGACCACCGAUGAGCGGGAGAAGAGCGUGCUCCUGACGGAAGCGCAGAAGCAGAAGAAGGUCGCGGAGGAGUAUCUGCGCAAAGCGCCCACGGUCGCAGGCAAGAAGCGCUUCAUGGCGCGCCAGCUGCCAUUCGAGGUGUUUGUCGGCCGGAAGCUAGCGAAAUGGGAAGAGCGGGCCAAGAAUCUCGGGGUCGAUCUCGCCGAUGCCGUGGCGGUCUGUCCAGCGGUGGAGAUGAUCUUCCUGUGGAACGGCCCCAAGCGCAUGGGCGUCAAGUACUUGGAAAAGGCGCGGACGCUCAUCGCGUGGGAGCGGUGCACGGCGCCCGCGGACAAGUUGGCCAAGAUCCGGGAGGAGACGGAUGAAGUGGCCAUUGGGACGCUGGCGGAAUCUGCGCUGCUCAGGCAGCUCGGCAGGGGCGCCGAGGCCAAGGCGUUGGUUGAGCCCCUGCUGAUGAUGGAUCGGAAUCUUUUCAAGGGCCCAACACGAGAUGAUUACUGCCAGGCUGCCGCGCACUACGAAAUGGCCGCCGUUGCAUGGAUGGGCGUCCGCGACAGGGAGUCGUGGCCCCAGGGUACCGCGGAAGAAAUCCAGGCGUUCCGGAAGCAGAAGGUGGAUGAGUGCCAGCAAUUCUUGGACAAGGUGUCCAAGUGGGAGGCGUUUGUGCUGGAUGCGCGGUUUGGGUUGAGGGUCAAAGCCGGGAUGGAGACGGUUUUGUGGUUGAAGGCGAGGAAGGGGUGGGCAUGA